CUGGGGUUGGGGAUCGAGCCUGCAACCAAGAUCUUCGACCCCCCUGAGGAGUUGGAGCGGAAGGUGUGGGAGCUGGCAAAGCUGGUUUGGCAGUCUUCCCAUGUGGUGUUCCACACGGGCGCUGGCAUCAGCACCGCCUCGGGCAUCCCUGACUUCAGAGGCCCCCAUGGCGUCUGGACGAUGGAGGAGCGGGGCCUGGCUCCCAAGUUCGACACCACCUUCGAGAGCGCACGGCCCACACAGACCCACAUGGCGCUGGUGCAGCUGGAGCGCGUGGGCCUUCUCCGCUUCCUGGUCAGCCAGAACGUGGAUGGGCUGCACGUGCGCUCUGGCUUUCCUAGGGACAAGCUGGCAGAGCUUCAUGGGAACAUGUUUGUAGAAGAAUGUGUCAAGUGUAAAAGGCAAUAUGUCCGGGACACUGUGGUGGGCACCAUGGGCCUCAAAGCCACUGGCCGGCUCUGCACCAUGGCCAAGGCAAGGGGCCUGCGGGCCUGCAGGGGGAAGCUGAGAGACACCAUCCUGGACUGGGAGGAUGCUCUGCCCAAACGGGACCUCACUCUUGCUGAUGAAGCCAGCAGGAUCGCGGACCUGUCUGUCACACUAGGCACCUCCCUCCAAAUCGGGCCCAGCGGGAACCUGCCGCUGGCCACCAAGCGCCGUGGAGGCAGGCUGGUCAUCGUCAACCUCCAGCCCACCAAGCACGACCGCCAGGCUGACCUCCGCAUCCACGGCUACGUAGACGAGGUCAUGACCCAGCUCAUGAAACACCUGGGCCUGGAGAUCCCCGCCUGGGACGGGCCCCGCGUGGUGGAGAGGGCGCUGACGCUCGCAUCCACGGCUACGUAGACGAGGUCAUGACCCGGCUCAUGAAACACCUGGGCCUGGAGAUCCCUGCCUGGGACGGGCCCCGCGUGGUGGAGAGGGCGC